AUUAAGAGCUUUUUUCUUCAAUUCGUCUCUUUCUCUUUCUCUCUACACUGAGUUUAACUGAGCGAUUUGACCUAAAAAUCAGAUCUUUGUGAUUCGAUUUUUCCUCAGGUGAAAAAGGCGUGAAUUUGAUUGUUAGCGCGUUCGAUUAUAGAUGUUUAAGAGUUGUGAACACUUGCUGAUUCGGUUUUAGAUGCAUAUUUGGGUAAAGGGUGACGGCUAGAUGCCUAGAUUCACUAGUUUUAAGGUUCAAAGGUGUGAAAGAGUGAGUCUUUAGCUGAUUUAGGAUGAUCUUCGGAUCCUGUUUGUGUUGCGUACUUUGUUCCUCAGCUUGAGUUUCAGUCUUUCAGACAUUGUGGUUUUAGAUCAGAAUUUGUGAGAUGGAUAGGUCUUGGAAUAAUGAUCAGUUAGGUGUGAAUAAGAUUGGAAAGAACAUAAAGAAGAUUCCUUUACACCAACCCGAUUUCUCAUAUGGUAUUGGUAUCGCUUCGGCAAGGCCUCAACCGCGACCACAAGUUUACAACAUAGUUGGUGAGAAUGACUUUAGAAGCGUUGUUGUUCAACAGCUAACUCCAUCGCGUGACAAUUUAGCUCAUCCUCAGCAGAAUACUCCAUUCCGGAAAAUUAGGCCACCGGCUCUAACCCAUGAUCCACCUCGUGUUGCGGCUCAACCAACUCAUGAGUUACUUGUGAGACCACCAAUGCAGCCUUAUAUGCAUCAUGGAGAACAAUUGUUGUCCAAAACAGUUGAGUCCCCUGUCUCGGUGUAUAUGCACUGUCUUCAAAGCUCACUAGGAGAUUCAGGACCUAUUGGAAACCAAAUGCAGUCAUCUCAUGAGUAUCAACCGCACUCACAGUGGAAAAGUCAAGCUCAACCGCACCAACCACCACAAUCACAUAAUCAUCAUUCGCCACGGUUCAGUGGUGCUGCACGCGACAAGCCCAUUUUGCCUACUCCUCCUAGGUUCAACAGUCCGCCACAGCAGAUAUAUAAUAAUAGUCUUCACACUCCAAGUCCAAGAUUCAACGGUCGUGGGAUAUUACCCACUCCUACAAGAGGCUCAACAUUCUCAUCCAUGGGUCAACCUGGAAUUCUUGGUCCGGGCUCUAAUCGUCAGCAUCCUGCAUCUUCUGGUCUUGUUUUCCCAUCAUCACCGUAUGGGCUUUUCCCAAACUCUAGUCCAAGAUAUAGAUAACUCUUCUUCACUCUACUCUUUAGGUUACUAGUGUCUUUGUACUAUGAAAGGGGUUGAAAUGACUAGAAAAUGGAACUCCAAUCAACUCGUUUGCUUCCUUAUUAUACACCAAUCCUCUUCUGCUUCA